GUGCUCUAUGUGCUGCGGCGUGCAAAGUCAGGAUCCUAUUGGCUAACGGCUUCCAUAGCUCCGUUGACAGUCAGGAAGUGUUCAUCUCUUUAAAGGGACGGUGACCAACUUCAAGCACACAGAACAUUUCUGCGCCUUCUUUGUAAAUGCUGUUGGCGAGUAAAGCUGCGUGAAUUUGUCCCCGGGACACCCGGGAAAUGAACGCUGCCCUGCGCUUUGUAGCAGUGGCAGUCCCGAUGGGUGUCCUGCUGUCCCGCACCAUGGCGUGGAGGUCCAGCGGAAAAACGCACCCAGAGCUCAUCAGUAGACUCAGAGAUAACGGAGUGAUCCAGAGCAACAGAGUAUUUGACGCCAUGCUGGCCACUGACAGAGGACUUUACUCCACAGACUAUCCUUAUGCAGACUCUCCACAAACAAUAGGCUUCAGGGCGACCAUCAGCGCUCCACACAUGCACGCUCACGCUUUGGAGCUGCUGAGCGACAAGCUAAUCGAAGGAGCGACGGCGCUGGAUGUCGGCUCAGGAAGUGGAUAUUUAACCGCCUGUUUUGCAAGAAUGACAGGACCCACUGGUAGAGUUAUUGGCAUCGAACACAUUGAAGAACUCGUUCAGAAGUCGAUAGAAAAUGUGCAAAAUGACGAUUCAGAACUGCUGUCGUCUGGACGCAUUAGACUAGUUGUUGGGGAUGGAAGACUUGGAUACCCAGAUGGAGCGCCGUACGAUGCCAUCCAUGUUGGUGCAGCUGCAGCGAAGGUUCCCAGAGCUCUGUUGAAGCAGCUGAAGCCAGGCGGGCGUCUGGUUCUCCCAGUCGGACCUGAAAGUGGUGGUCAGGUACUGGAGCAGUACGACCGACAAAGCGACGGGACCUUCCUGAAGAAGGUGCUCAUGGGCGUGGUUUACGUCCCGCUAACUGACAAGAAGCAGCAGUGGCCGGGAGACGAACUCUGACUGCAGUGCUGCUGAUCCUCCAGCAGGUGGCGGUGGAGAACCAUAACAGCUGCUGUUAUUGACCUCCUGCUCCACUGGCGCCGCAGGGGGUCCGCUGUUCUCGCUGCGCCUGAACAGAUUGACUAACUUAAUAAAUGACUGAAUAACAGACCCGAGGUUUACUGAUUAACCUUUUUCCAGAGUUCUUGGACGAAGCAAAGCAUCAGCGAGGAUGAGAAAGAAGAGAUUUUUUUUAUAGGGAAGAAAACUGUCAUUUCUACACUGCAAAAACAAAAAGCAUUUAUAGUCCAGUUUCUGGUGUAAAUAUCUUAGUACACUUGAAAUAAGACAAAACAAUCUUUUAAGUAACAUUUAGGAGGUUUCUUUACAUAAUAUUGAUUAAAAAGUACUACUUACAGGUGAAACAAUCUGCCAGUUGAACUAGUACUUUUUCCAUCAAUAUUAAGGAAUUAUUUACUUAACAAGCUGUUAAAGGUUGCUGAGAAGUUACUUGUAAGUUAGUUUUGUCACAUGUAUUUGCAGUAAAAAUUAGACCAGAAAUACUUAGUGAGAUUUUGUGUUUUUGCAGUUCAGAGAAUCAACAAUUACUGCACAUAAGCCAUUAUUCUGUAAUAAAAAACACUUUGCUUAUUGAAUUAAUCUAUAUUUGGCAGACAGAAAGCUUCAUCUUCUAAGAAGAGAAUGGUGCCAAAACUUGAGAAAUAUAUUUAACAACAGAAAUAUUGUAUGAAGUGUGUAAAUCUUGUUUCUUAAUAAAUCACAUUAAAAAAUUA